GCGCUGCAUGAGAAACAACCGGAGCUGCAGAUAAGUGAGCGAGACAUGCUCUGUGUUCAGAUUGCGGGGCUUUGUCAUGAUCUCGGUCAUGGACCGUUUUCCCACUUGUUUGAUGGAAUAUUUAUUCCACUUGCUCGCCCAGACAUAAAAUGGACGCACGAACAGGGCUCCAUCAUGAUGUUUGAUCACCUGGUUGAGUCUAAUGGACUCAGAGAAGUCAUGGAGCACUACGGACUCGUCCCUGAAGAAGACAUCUGUUUCAUCAAGGAACAGAUCAUAGGACCACUUGAAUUCUCAGUGCAAGAGCCUACUUGGACCUACAAAGGGCGGCCUAAAGAGAAACGCUUCCUCUAUGAGAUAGUGGCCAAUAAGCGCAAUGGCAUUGAUGUGGACAAGUGGGACUAUUUUGCCAGAGACUGCCAUCAUCUUGGAAUCCAAAAUAAUUUUGAUCAUGAACGCUUUAUCAAGUUUGCCCGUGUCUGUGAAGUAGAUGAGGACAGGUAUAUCUGUACUAGAGAAAAGGAAGUUUGGAACCUGUAUGACAUGUUCUACACACGCUACUCUCUGCACCGCCGAGCUUACCAACACAGAGUUGGCAACAUCAUCGAGAUCAUGAUUGCAGAUGCUUUCCUCAAAGCAGACGCCCAUAUAGAGAUUACAGGUGCUGCGGGGAAAAAGUACCGCAUUUCUACAGCAAUUGAUGACAUGGAAGCCUUCACGAAACUAACAGAUAACAUUUUUCUGGAGAUUUUAUAUUCUACUGAUCCCAAACUGGAUGAAGCAAGAGAGCUAUUAAAAAAAAUCGAAUGCCGCCAACUAUACAAGUAUGUGAGUUGUACUCUUCUACCAGUGGGCAGUGGAAAGAUGAAAAGGGACCGUAAAGGCCUUCCACAAGAGGUUGCUGACGCCAAGCCUAAAGAACAGGAUGAACUGAAGGCCGAAGAUUUUGUCGUGGAUGUUAUCAACAUGAAUUAUGGAAUGGACGACCAGAAUCCUAUUGAUUAUGUUCACUUCUAUUAUAAGAAUGAUCCCAACAAAGCAGACAAGAUUGAUAAAGAAAAGGUAACUGUCUACUUAAUACGGUGA